GACCCCUGCUUAGCAUCUCGGCUAUUCCUGAGAAUUGCCUGACCUAGACAAUAAGCACUAUACCGUCUUUUAGAUUAACUGCAAGAUGCCGAACGCCGGGAAGAUGACCACCGACUGCCCCUCGAUCACGUCUUUUCCCACCUAUAAAGCCCUAAGUGAUGCCGUCAGCAGCAAGCAGCCAGUUGUAGACUAUCUGACAUUUUUCUUUUGCUUUCACUUGGCAAUCAACCCCUCCAUCCCAUUCCAAUUUUCGUCAAAGCACCGAUCAAAAUGGGUUCCAUCCAACCCUCCGAGCCAAAGGAGGUGGUCCUCCCCCCGCGACCCCCAAACCUGCCGCACCCAGAAUACCGCACCCCGCGCGGCGUCUCCCCGCUGGACUCGGUGCGCGCCGCCGGGCUGCAAUACCCCAACUACACCCCCUUCAAACUCCCCAACCUGGCCAUCCAACCCUUCGCCGACCGCGGCCUCUCCUCCUCCCCGAACAAGCAGGACCUCCUCUCCGCCGCCGCGGAGAUCAUCCACCUGACCCCGGAAAUCGGCACGGAACUAACGGGCCUCCAGCUGACGCAGCUGACGGAUGUCCAGAAGAACGACCUCGCGCGGCUCGUCGCCGAGCGCGGCGUCGUCUUCUUUCGGGAUCAGAACAUGGACGUUCACGAGCAGAUCGCGUUCGGCGCGUACUUUGGCGAGCUGCAUAUCCACCAGAUGGCCGGCAUCAUCCCCGACCUGCCCUGGGUGCACCCGAUCCACAAGGACGAGACGGCGGUCAACGGCCGGAGUCAUCAGAUUUGGCACUCGGAUGUCAGUUACGAGCUGCAGCCGCCGGGGUUGACGAUGUUGAAGAUGGAUACGCUCCCCAGGGCGGGGCCGGGCGGCGAGGAGACCGGCGGCGAUACGAUCUGGGCGAGUGGGUAUGCUUUAUAUGAAUCUCUAUCGCCCAAGCUGCGCGCUUUCCUGGAGACACUCGAGGCCAAGCACAGCGGGCUGGAGCAAGCGGAGAAGGCCCUGCGCACGAGUGGGUGUCUACGGAGAGAUCCCAUUGAGACGAAUGUGAGUGUCACUGUCUGCAUUCCCAGCGUCUCCAUGAGCCGAAAAAGGACGGCGGCUAAUUUGCACCCCGUCGUUCGCACGCAUCCUGUGACAGGCUGGAAGACGCUGUACGUCAACGAGAACUUCACCAAGGAGAUUGUGGGCCUCGAGAAGCGCAUCGGCGAUGGCAUCCUGGAUACCCUCUAUCGCACCGUGGCGGAAGGGUACGAGUUCCAGGUGCGCUGGAAGUGGACCAAGAACGCGGUGGCCAUUUGGGAUAAUCGCGCCACCUUCCAUACGGGGAUUUUUGAUUACUGUGAGUCAUGCUUUCCCCAUCUUCGACAUGGGCUGCGGGUUGCGCCUCAGGCCGAAACGCCGUAUUUCGAUCCCAACUCCAAGACUAGGAAGGAGGCGCUUGCGGAGGAGGCUAGCAAGAAGGCGUGA